UAAGCAAGAUCAUCCAUCACUCUAUUUUCAAAUUAAAAUCUUUUCCCAUUAGUGGCCCUUUCACAAAAGCGGAGCAUCAUUUGCCUCCUAUACGAGAAAUAUCAGAAAAUGCCAUGCGCGAAUCUUCUGCUUUUGUUGAAGGGCCACAGACGUUUCCCAGAGGACGUUUUAUUAUGGAUUUCAGCAUGAAAAAGAUUGCAACUUACUUUCGCCUUUUAGGCUACGAUACAAUGUGUGAUCGAGAUAUCCCACAUGACCAGAUUAUUGAAAUAGCUUCAAUGCAAGAUCGAUGUGUUAUUACCGCUAGCCCCUCUUUGGCGCGGAGAUUGGAAGCUCACGAUCGUUGCUUUCGCAAACAGCAACAAGAAAUGCAGGAAGAAGGGCAACUAGCAAGGGCGGGUCAUCAUAAGCGUUUUGUCAUGUACGCCUCCGAUGGGGAUUCGGUUUACUCUGAUACUUCAAAUACGCCUAUCAAAGCGGUGGAGUACAUUGAAAUUCAGCAGUGGCGGAAAGCAGACUUUCAGAACACCAUUGUCGACCUCAUUACUCGUGCUCGACUCGCGUACGACACACUUUAUGUAUUUUCGCGUUGCGUAGAUUGUAACGAUGUGCUCGUUGAAGUGGAAAAAGGUCUUGCCAAGGGCAGCGUUUUGGAAUCCGUUUUCUCCAUUUAUCAAGAUUUUACUAUGUGCCCGAAGUGCAGAAAAGUGUUUUGGGGAUUUAAAGCGGAGGAGGCCAUCAAUUACAAAACCUUACGCACCCUUGAAAUGCUGCAUACCCUUUGUGUUCGUGCAGGUGCGCCGGUAUUGUGUGGAGGGGGUAAAAAAAACACCAUGAAAAGGAUUUACUCUCUCCCACGUAGCGUUAAGUUAAACAUUCUCUCUUUUAUUGAAAAAGAUCAUUUAACUGCAUUAAUGGAUGUUUUUCCCGCUCUCACUGGCUUGGUUGAUGAUGAGCGCAAGUGAAGCCUUUAUUUCAGAGCUGUUCCCCGUUCGAGUCGCGGAACAAGGUUAGGAAAUGUUCUCUGCAUCGGCCGGGAGGAAGUGUUUCCCCGCAUAGCAAACAAGUUAGAUGGUUGAAGCAUUUUACCAUAUUGUUCCAUUAACCUAAAAAUUUCUGUCAGAAAGGAUGGAGAGCAUCCCACGUAGUCAUUCGUUUCCUUAACGUUUAUUUUUUUAA